AUCAACAUUUUCCUUAAGAUCAUGUAGGACCUCUACCUUUGUCGGAAGUCCGGUUAGCCAUUCACACAGGUUGACCAACCUUGAAUUUACAAGAGAGGUAUGGUUGGGAUGAUAUUCAUAUAUUGAGGUGUGGACCGCCUUUUAUUAUGAAAAAUAGUACAUGAGGAUCUGAGUAAGUCGAUUUCGCCUUCAAUCUUAAAAGAUUGAAAAUGAGAUUAAUCUACUUGAAUAAUGUAAUUGCUCCAUUGCUCUUUAUGUGGUCAAUGUUAUGGAUUGAAUAAAUGUUAAGCUGUGAGGAUAUGAGACGAGUCAUGCCUCAUGUGAGAUGACUUGCAUAUUGUAGACCUGGCAUAUGCCUAAUAUUUGACCUUUUACCUAUAGAUUGCUUUGAUUCGAUCUAAUCAUUGCAAAAUACAAGCAACCAGUCUCGUAGGUAGCUUUGUGUUCUUAGUUAUUCUCAUCUUCUGUAUAGGAAGAUGAGAUUGAGUGUCACUACUUUAGUGUACAAUGUCGAAAUGCCCUUAAUAGGUCAGACCUUCGCAAAAGUAGGUAGGUUUCACACAAGUUUCCCUCCUUUUAUCCUUUCUGAUUUCUCUUUGCAGUUUGAGAUUGAGAUAGGAUGAGACCAGAUAACUUCUAGACUCAUUCAAACUCCUCGACCAUUCUUUAUAAAAGAGGGAGGGUUCUCUCAUUAAUCCCAUAAAAAGUUGUUAGUUAUUAGAAAGAGAAAAUUAAAGAGGUAGUAUAUCCAUAGAUUAUGUCUAUUUGGGCCAUCCCUUAUGCGACCAAGCCAUUGAUUGUAAUUCGGGGCCAUCUUAACCUUAGAAUCAAAGGGGUGAUCAGACCUCUUUGUUCUCAUGGUGAUUAGGUAGACCACUGAACGUGUACCAUUCAUCUUCGGCUUUUGCGAAGGUCCCACGAUCGUGUAGGCCCACCCAUCCGGGUUGUCUUUUAGUUUUAAUGGAAUUAUGUUUAUUUUGUGCUUAUUUAUUUGGAGAGGAUGUGAGUUUUGGUGGUAUCUUCCGUUGCACAACAGGAUUGGCUGAUAAAUUUGGCAAAUCCAGGGUUUUCAAUACACCCCUAUGCGAACAGGGAAUUGUUGGAUUUGGCAUUGGUUUGGCUGCCAUGGGGAAUCGAAUUAUUGCGGAAAUUCAGUUUGCAGAUUACAUUUUCCCUGCCUUUGAUCAGAUUGUCAAUGAAGCAGCUAAGUUAAGAUACCGAAGUGGGAAUCAAUUCAAUUGCGGAGGUUUGACAAUACGAGCUCCUUAUGGAGCUAUUGGGCAUGGUGGGCAUUAUCAUUCACAAUCACCAGAGGCUUUCUUCUGCCAUGUUCCAGGGCUCAAGAUGGUGAUUCCUCGAAGCCCCCUACAAGCAAAAGGACUAUUGUUGGCAUGUAUACGUGAUCCAAACCCUGUUAUCUUCUUUGAGCCAAAGAGGCUUUACCAGUUGGCAGUAGAAGAGGUUCCUGAGCAUGAUUACAUGUUGCCCCUAUCUCAGGCUGAGGUGAUUCGUGAAGGAAAUGACAUAACUCUCGUGGGGUGGGGAGCUCUGCUUGCAGUGAUGGAACAGGCAUGUGCAGAUGCUGCGAAGGAUGGAAUUUCAUGUGAACUUAUAGAUUUACGAACAUUAUCACCUUGGGACAAGGAAACGGUAGAAUCCUCCGUCAGAAAGACUGGAAGGCUUCUUGUUAGUCAUGAAGCUCCAUUGACUGGAGGAUUUGGUGCCGAGAUUGCCGCUUCUAUUGCCGAACGCUGCUUCUUGAAGUUAGAAGCUCCUGUUGCCAGAAUAUGUGGCCUCGACACUCCAUUUCCUUAUGCUUUGGAACCUUUUUAUAUGCCCACAAAGAACAAGAUCUUGGAUGGAAUCAAAGCAACUGUAAAUUACUAGAGAUCCAAGUAAAUAUCCCUCCCUACAUUUAGUUGGUAAUGGAGGUUGGUAAAAUAAUAAUCUUGUUGUGGUACACUGCCCUCUCAAUGUAAGCAUUCCAUCCUAUUUAAGGGCCGAACACUUAUAUGUGUUAUCAAGCAUUUUAUCUCCACGCAUGCAAUCCCAACUGUUCAUCUGCUUUGCCUUACCGGGCAUGGGGCAUACCCAAGCAUCCCACUUGUUAAGAUUAUCCCAGCCAACAAUUGGAAGACUAUUGAUGACUAAAUGGAUAUUGGGAAAAAGUGCAACAAAAUGUCAACACUCAGUG